AUGGCGCUCAUCGAGGAGAUCGAGGACGACAAGCGGAGGUCGCCGUCUCCCAUCAAGGUCGAGGAGAUCACGGAUGAGGAGGAUGAGAAGCCUCGGAAACCCAAGGUUGCUCCCCCCCCUCCGGCAGCGACCUCUGCACCACCCGCCCCCGUCUCCGACUUUCAGAAGAAGCUGCAGGACCUGACCUCGAAGAUGGCCCUCCCGUCAGACCUUCUGCCAGCAUUCAUGAGUGAACAAGCAGGUAAGUUGUUGGUUGACGUUUCGGCCCAAAAACUGACCUCAGCGCCGAUCGUCUUCGAGUCGUACAAGGACCAAGUGCAGCGGUGCCUCGCGCGGCUCUUUCCUCUCAUCCAGUCGCCUGAUUGGGCGUCUCUGUCGUUUGAGGAGCAAGCAUCUACCUUGUCGCAGAUACUUCGCCUUCGAGGAAAUGAUGCCUGGACCUCCCCGGGCAUCUCCGACAUGGUCGACACGUCUGGCGUUGACACCACGGAACUGUCACGUUACAAUCUUAUCUCCGUUCUGCGACCUCUCUUCUCUCCGCACCCGUACAUCUCGAACAACAGGGCCGUUGCGAAACCGCUCGGAGGAGCCGAAGCUAUGGACGACCUGCAAGAGACGUCGACGUACAAGACGCAGAACGGCUGGGGCAGCGCCAACCUCCUGCACUGGUCAAGUUCUGUCCUUCCCCCGAUACAGCUAGAGAAGCAGCUGAACCUCAUUCUUCCGCCGACACUGACCAUGAUGGACGACUGGGAGCCAUUCUGGCGGCUGAAGGGCAUCUGGGUGCUCAGCGGAUGGUUGAGGAACAUGGACAAGGAGGAACUGAAGCGGAGGAAUCUGAACAGUCUCCUACUCAAGUCGCUAUUGCACACGCUCAGUCUCCACGCCAAGGACUCGGGAGUCGUCUUGAACACCAUCGUCGGCUUCCUCCUGGAUGACUUUAAGGGCGAGAAGCGUGCUGACAUCCUGAACGAGAUCGUCGAUAAGGCGUGCAUCUCGGCCUGGUCUUAUGCUAGCGGGGAAGAUGCCAAGGCAAUGCUCAUACAGGCAGCCGUGGACUGGGAGACAAUGUGCGGUGUGCUCGGCGCAGGCGUCGCGAGGUGGCUUAAGGCGGCCAUCCCCUCCCUUCUUGCACCCCUCGAGAUUCCUCCUAUGCCGAGUAAUCUGUCUCACUUGAAAGCCAACCUGUCUGCUUUGCUGGCUACUGCCCAGACUCUGAAGGGGACCGGCCGCAUCUCAAGGUGGCGUGGCCAGAUCCUGAGUAUGAUCGCGAAGAUGUGGGUGAUGCUCUGCGAGAGGUGGCCAGAGGCGGGAGGAGCAGAUAUGGUCGACGACACGAACGGCAGCGAGAAGGAGCAGGUUGCUCAGAUCAAAUCACUCGCCCGCGGCAUCUGCGACCUGAUUGCUGAUGAGUGCCCGUCAGUACGGGCUAACGAGUUCCAAUCGCUUCUCGAUCUGAACAAGGCACUGUUCGCUCCUUUGGUCUCUGCCCCAUCCUAG